AUGGAUGUGAAGUUGAAGUCUCUUUCUGAAGGUGAACAUGAAGAAGAAGAAGAAGAAAACAUGCACUUUCUGAAAUCUCUUCAGGAGCUAAGAGAAUUGAGGUCUCAGCUUCAUUAUGCUGCUGAUUACUGUGAAACAACAUUCUUAGAAAGUGAAAAGAAAAAAGAUGUUAUGGAAAACACAAAAGAAUACAUAUGUAGAGCUAUGGUGACUGUGGUUGAUCAUCUUGGAAAUGUUUCUUCUAAUCUUGAAGGACUUAUUUCUCACACAAAUUCAUUUUCUGAUGCUGAGAUAAAAAUUCAAUGCCUCAAACAAAGACUUUUCUCAUGUGAGCAAUAUGCUGAUAAACUUUCAAUCUCAAAUAUGCAAUGGAGGGAGAAAUUGCCAAGAUUUCAUACAAGAUAUUUAUCAUCAUCUCCUAUCCUUGAAAAAUCACAAGAGAAUUUGAAGCCAGCAACUGCUACAAAUAACAAGCACAACAAUUUGGCUUUUGUGAUGCCUGUUCGCGACGGUUUGAAAGUGUUAGCGAAAGUAUCAAAUCCUACAUUUCAUUUCCAAGUAACAACUGCUGCUGAUUUGGAAAUGGACACUACUUCUCCAUCUCUUAAUCCAAACCAAGUCACACAAACUUGCGAACAAUCGAGCGUUGCUCAACCAGAUUCUGCUGCUGACCAUAAGGGGAGUCCUUCUGCAAGCUGCAGCAGUACUCCUGCCAAGAGGGUCGCUACGUCGACCUCAAUCAACGACCUCAUUCAGGCUGAAGAGCUCACUCCUAAACAAUCGGCCACUAAGUCCAAGAAUGGAAAAAAGACAAAGCAGCUCAAAAAUGACUAA